AUGUUGUUGUCGCUCCUGAUAUCGCAACUCAACGCUGCACUGUGCCCGUUUUUUGAGAGUAUUGUACCCAACCAGCUCGAGGCUUCCGUUCUAGGCGGUCGCCUUGCAUUAAAACGACUGCGCCUUAAGGAGAAUGCGCUGGCUGCGUUUGCGCUACCGAUCAGCAUCACAUAUGGGGUACUUAAGGAAUUCAAAGUUCGGAUUAACUGGUUUCGCCUGCUAUCCCACCCCGUGGUUGUAGAGGCCGAGGGGUUGCUCGUCGUUGCCACAACAAUCCCGACAGCAGAGUGGGAUGUGGCUGUUGUACGAGAGAACCUACUGGAGCAGAAGAAGCUUCGUCUGGCAACUGACGAGCUCCUGACGUACUCAAAAUGCGAUCGCAGCGUGGCAGGCAGCCUCUUGCUCAAGCUUGUAUAUGCGAUUAUUGAGCGUGUUGAGGUGACAAUAAAGCGAGUCGAAAUCCGUCUUGAGGAGGCUGAAAUCACUCCAGGGAGCAUGCGUGCUGUCGGGUGGCGUGCACGUCGCGUCCAAACCGUUCACUGCGAUGAACACUGGCGCCCGCACCGCGGCCAGGGUGGCGUGGACGCCUCGCUGGGCCCCUUGCGAGGAGAGCAGGGUCUAUACGACGAAUCGAGCGCAGACGAAGAGAGUCCACCGAACACUAGGUCGCGUUAUUUCCCACCUCCCGCAAGGCCUGAUCACCAUUCGCAUAGUUGUCGCUACGGAGCAGCUUGUGAAGCUCAUGCGUCCAACCAGGCCAGAGGGCAUACAAGCUCGGGCAUGCCGUUAAGCGCACGUUUCUCGCGCUGGUCGUUGUGGUCAUGGACGAAGAGUGUUAUCGCGGCGUCGGUGUCUGCCUUCUCACGGCGAGAGAAGAAGUCGAUAAAUGACGCAACGCUUCGGCGAGGUGGACUCGCGACGCUCUCCUCAACCGAUGAGAUAUUCUUUAAGAAAAUUGUCGUUGCGGGCUCCGCCAUUUAUCUCGACACGCUGACGCCAGAAGGGCCUCGCUCACCAUGGCUUCCUCAGCCAGCUGCCGUCAGGAAGGCCCUGCUCCUGCGCUUGACGCGGGAGAGAGCACUGGCUCGAAGUCACCAGAGGUGGCCAUCGGAUCUGUAUCACUGUGUCGAAGCACCUGCGACUGCCAAGGCCGAGACAGCGGUAGUGCCUGCAGCUGAGCUGCCAGAUUCAAGCGAAGCCGACAAAGAAUGCCAAUCUCCCCUUUCGUCUUUCAAUCGAGCGUCGACUUCCUCUGCAUGUUGGAUUGACGACCGUGACUCAGCGAAACAUGAAGGCGGCCGUGCGUCACCGGCGGCGGCGGAUUGCGACUGGCGACAUCAGCGCCAUCGUGCACAAGGGCGGGAGCCUGUGCCCAAUCAGAAAGCCCUUCUCGAGCAAGGAGGGCAUCCCCCAAGCUUCACUGAUGGAGGAGACCAGGGCAAAACAGCAACAGCCUCGGACACGCGGCUUCCCGACCCUCGACUCGCCGGACACUUUCGAGACAGCACGAAACACAGAAGAAGGACCGAGGGCUUCGGAGGCGCGAUUGUCGAUAAUGGAGCCUCUCGGGAUGCUGCCGGACAAAGGACGAGCCGGCGCACGAGAGGCGCAGAUACAAAAAAAGUCUGUCGGGAGUCUACUCUUGAGUCCUCCUCUAAUCACCCUCUGGGUGUCGCUGGCGCUCGCCAUGUAACGCAACCGGAGACUUGCAGCCAUGCGAGAGGUCGAGCAGCAGGAGACCACGGUGGCAGGGAGACGUCCGCUACCUUUCGCAAGACCUCACCCGAUGGAGCCGCCGCGUCUACGGGUGACGCAGCAGCUCCCACAGCCGCUGACGCCCCUUCAGCAUCACAGGAGGGAUGCAGAACGCCUCCGGAGACGCGAACAUGGGAAAAUGCGGGCGGGGACGCGCUAGGACCUUUGCUGACUGUCUACGACCUUUUCCCUUAUGAAGAACUGGCGCUUCGAGCGGAGGCCAGUGCGCCACAGCAUCAAUACCUGUACCGCCCCGGCAGGCUCGAGUUACGCGUGCGCAUGAUCCAGCGGCCAACCCAGGCAGGCCCAGAGGGCACGGCUUUCUCAGACCGCAUCUUCACCCGCCCUCUCCAGGCCGAGCAGCGGUCUGCCUGUCUCUCGAGGAGACCGGGCAGUUCCACUGAUUCCGAUGAGGGAAGGGUAGCCGCAGAGCCCGGGAGCUCUGCUGGUCCACAUGCGAGCCCCGCGAGGAGCCCGGACAGCGCCAAAGGCUUCGCCGCCGCUUGCGAGUCGACGAGGCGGCACACACUGUAUCGACGAGGAACGAGUGUCGAAGCAAGAGACGCCGGCUACACCAGGCUCAAGUCCGGAGGACAGGCGGGCGACGAGCCCCCGAACCGAGAACGACCAGGCAGCAGGGAAGAGCUCUGGAUACAGAACGUGGAAGACACAUCGUUGCCAAUGUUCACCCUCUACUUUGUUUUCUCGCACGCGACCAUCGAGGCCACGGUGGACCAAGUAGGGGUCAUUCUGCAAUGGAUCGACUACAACAUUUUUCUCUACGGCGAACUCAUUUCGGGCACAGGCCUGGAUCUGAUGAGAAAGGUGGUGCCAGAUGAGGCGCAGGCUUAUUUUCUGGCCUGGCGACGGCGUCUCCUCGCGAAGACAUCCCGCUACAUCGGGAAAUCGGGACGCGUUUCUCAGAUGAAAACUUUUGUCAUGGACUUACUCCGAGGACGGCAAGCGGCGAAACGCCCGCUGGACGCGGCGCUGCCUCCCGCGCUGCACGAACGAGACGCGCUUCGCAAAUCGACGCCCACUGAUCUCUCUCUUUCUCGGCGAUCGUUUAUCCACCCGGAUGGCUCGCGGCCAACCACGCGCCGUGCAGGCGCCACAGACGGGACAACGAACGAGGAAGCCGGUGACUGCGAAUCUACGCUUGUAGGAGCGUCGAAGGACGAGAGAGGCGUCCUGCCGGCGACAGGCACGACGCGCGGGUCAGAAUCCCGCGCAGAUCCACCGGGUGGGUCCCUUGGAAGCCCCAGAGGGCCGAGCGGGUCUCCUAGGCCUUUUGGGAGCCGCCCCAAAGAGCGAGAAACCAGAUACGACCAGCCACGCUGGACAGCAAGCUCCACUUCGGCGCGAGCGAAUCGACUUCGAGGAACGCAGGAGCGUGAUGACGAGACAGUUAUCGCGGCUUUCGAGGAGACGUACUGGGUGGAGGACGUGCUGCGGAUACGGGCUGAAGCCUUGGAAAGCCUGAAGGCCGCAACUGCCCUGCAGUCUCCAAGAGCAGACAAUGAGGUGAGAGUCACCGAGAGUAUGACGACCAAAGCAAGAUCUUCAGAGCGCCGCAGUGGGUCACCCGCGCUGCGCCGCAGUAGAGGAAGAGCUCGGAGGCCAUUGCUGACACGCGCAGAGGCUUCAAAAGGAUGCCUCGGCAGCGCAUAUGCAUGCGAAGAGCCGACGCCACUCUUGCAACGUACGGGCCCGCCGUUCCUUGAGAAGGAACGAAGAAAGCGAGGCAGACACCGCGGGAGGCAAACGUCAGCAGGAGCAAGAGGGACGCCGGCUCGCGCUUGCCUCUCUGAGUGGGAGGCCUCUGCCCCAGAGCGUGACUGCGAAGGCAAACCGGCGGACAGCGAGGGAAGCCUAUUCGGCGAACCCCCCUGGGACUCUGCAGCCUCAGGACUCACCCCGAGCUUCCUCACGUUCGACAGUCCGGCGGACAGCUGGAGGUUUUGUGCCAGCGAGCAGGGCGCCAGGGUCGCUGGUGGGGUCGACAGCCCCUGCCUCACCCCGAUGCUCAGUUGGGAACACGCAGAUUUUGUUCUUGCGAAGUCGAGCGUCGCUGUGAAGGACGAAAGCUGGAUGAGAAGGCAGGGCGAGCGGGGACAGCCUCGCAUGCGAGCGUUGGCUGAUCCGCCGGCCGCCCCCCCCUUCUCGCGCCGGUAUCGCUCGUGUUCUCAGCCUCCCUCGAACACACCCUGCAGCGAGAGUGUCCGCUUUCCGCCUCUAUCCUUUCGCUCCAAACGGUUAGAGGCCUUGCACUUGGGGGCAGAGCUCGAGGGCGAAGACGCCUCCACGAAUUCAGAGUCCGACGAGGGCAACGCCAUUGCGGCGGACGGCCGCGAGCGCCCCAACCCGCAGAACAGAAGGCUGAGGCUCCGCCGGCUCUGCGCGCGAGCGCGGCUCCGCAGAAGGAGGAGGGAAGAAAGAGAGCAGCGCGCCGAACAGAGACACCGAGAGCAAGAUGCGCAGGAGCGAGAACGGCUAGGACGGAUCGCGGCCAGUUUAUCCGAAGAACGCUUCACGAAAAACCUCAUGACUGUCGUCGUUUUGGAGUGCAUGGACGUCAACUUCCUCGGAACGGAGGGCGACGCGGAGACGCGACUCUCGCUGAAAUGCCGAGAAUGCUACUUCCACAGCGUGCUGUACGAAGGCGGCAGAUCCUCGACGUGCAUCUCCUUUCAGGACCUGAGCGUGGAAGACCUGCUGUCCCCGGAACUGGCGACUCCCACGGUCAUGCGUUGCUUCCCUCCACCGGAACCAGCAUGCCCUUUCUCGCGUGCCGCCGAUUCGUGCAGCUUGGUGCCUUCCCCAGCUUCGUCGAGUGCGUCGUCCUCUUCAGCGCUUCUCCCCUCGCCUCUCACCCGUCUGCCGUCGCCCUGCUACGCCUCGUCUGCCCUCCCAUCCGUGGGGCCGGUUCCCCUGCUUUCCCCGUCUCAGCGUUUCGUCUGCCGCUCCUGUGGCUUCUCCGCAACACCGUUGUCUCCUGCAGGAGUCGCAGAGGGCUCGCGAUCCAAAGCGCCGUCAGCCAGAAACGCUACGUGCUCGCUGCCGUUCAUCUUCCGCCCCUUUUACUUUUCUGCGACCUCCAGCGGCAGCCAAGCAGAGCCCCCGGUCGACCCCGGCUUCUGCUCCGUCUGCGGAAAGCCACUGACGGUGGCGCCGUCGCCGCAGGAGGAAACUGCAGGCUCAAGGGAAUCCUUCUGCAAACCUGCGUCUCCUGACCCGGCCGGUUCGACAGCCCUUCGGCCUGCCCGCAAGGCAAGUGAUGGCGAGAAAGGAAGCGACGAAGGGACGUGGAGGGGCGAGAGGGAAGAUCCAUACUCCUGGAUGAAGCCACUUCCGUCUUUCGCCGCUGCGUACGCGUGCGUACCUCCUACACUGCCUUGCGCGGCUUCUGUCUCGGCCUCCGCGAAAUCUCCUGGUUUUUCCUCUGCUGACUCCGCGCCCUCGCGAAGCGCUGCAACCUUUCCGUCUCCGCCGUUUCGGAAUCCGCGCAUUUCGUCGCCUGAGGCAGCGCCAGGCCUGUUUGCGUCGUUUUUCGCUUCCACGAGCUCGGCCCCAGCACGCCCGCGGCCCUCCCAAGGCGAGACGAAGGGCAGCUGGAUUCGGCUGGACAUUUGGGCCACAAGCCAGCCGCGAACACCCGACGCCCUGGCGUACGCACACGUGAAAGACUCCGUCCUCGUCACGCUCAGUCCAGCGGCAGCCGUGCGCGCCGCCCACUUCCUCGUCAAGGCUCUCGAGCCCAUCGAGCGAACGGGCUUGCUGACCAGAAUGGAGGCGCGAGCUAGAGAAGCUGUGGAAAAGCAGGAGGCCUACCUGGCGGAGCUGAUGCUGGGAAAUACCUCGCACGCAUGCGCAGACCUUUGCGUGGUCGUCGAGGCGCCCGCGCGCUUUCUCCUACCGUUCCACGAGCAGCAGCCCCGGUCGCCUGGACUGCUGUUCUCCUGUGGGGCUUUCUGCAUCGAUUCCAGUCUCCAGAUGCCUCGCGUAGAAGCUACCCAGUUUGCGGAACGCGUGCGAGCGUCUCCUGCGAUCCAAAACCAAGCCACUGGUGCAUUGCCAGGUCUCCGCUCCAUGUCAUCUGCCUCGUCUUUGUCGUCUUCGUGUACUUCAAGACCGGUUUCACUAGACCAGACAUGCGCAUCCGAGGCAGCGGGCACCGACAGUCGCUCGAAGGCAGAGGGAGGGACGGCUCGACAGUCACCCAGGCGAAGCGCGGAAAUCUGCUCCCGCAACGAGAGCGCAGCUGCGGAGCCCAGCGACGGCCAAAAGUGCGUUCCACGCCCGGGCACCGUGGGGAGUGGAUCGUUCGAAGAGAGUCAGGAGACUCAACGCGGUUCGAUUGGUGGCAUCCGGCAGAGUCCCGCUUGGCCCGAGUCUCCUCGCGCAUCCAGGGCCCGACCUGAGGCCGUUUCCACCGAGCGACUUUUCGACCGAUACGCGCUUGGAUGCGGAGACUGCAGCAUUCUUCGCGUGGGAGACACCUCGGCGUUCCUCCAGCUGCUGCCCUUUUCGUGCACGUGCAGUUCCUGCGGCGAGCUCCUCGCCGCGCUCUCCGGCUCUGCGGAGGCGACAGCGCUGGCCGCUACCAGUUUCGCGGAGGCCGGUGUCGCCCUGCCGGCUCUGGAGCUCAUGCGCUCUGUGUGCGGAGACUUUGGCCCCAUUGGUCAGGGAGGCGAGGGGUGGGAGUGGAGCCAGCCGGCAUUCGUUGGGGACUCGUGGGCCGUGGGUGGCGGAGAACAAGACGAAGGCGCGGGACAGGAAGGAAACGGCGAUGGCGCCGCCCUGGGAACGCGACACCGACCUAGCUCCGCCUCUGCUUUCGGAUCGGGGGAGCAGCCGCGAAGGGACUCACAGGGCCUCGGCGCGGCUGCAGCGGGCUCUGCCUUGCUCCCCACCCACGCCUUUACAGACGGAAGGUCAGCGCAGGGAGGUUCGCAGGACGCUCCCGGACCUGUAGGACCCCCUCCAAAAGAGGCGGGGCCUGGAAGCCCCCCGCAUGGGUUACGGCGUGCAUCGCGCUCCGAAGCACGGCCCCCAGCAGCGGCCCGCCGACUCAGUGCGCCAGUCCCAUCUGCCCCUGUAGAUUCACAGAUGCAGACGCCUCUGUCGUGUUCUCACGCGCCCGGGAGGAGUGCCCUAUGGCCACGUGAGCCUUUUGGGGCGGCGCAGGAGGGCAGGAGCGGCAGCGCCGAGAUCGAGGCGCAGGCGAGGCGCCACCCCGGGUGGUGCGAGCCGCAGGACUCCCUAGAGUCGAGGCGGCGAUCUUCUGUGUCGCGCCCGACUGUCAAGUUUUCUCCGGCCGCCGUUCACCUGGCAGACAGGCCAACGAAUCCCCGCGCAGAGAUUGCCGGGGAGGACGAGGAGCGUGGCGACCAGAGGCACACGCUGGGACGCAGAGCGGCUGAAGCCCCGUGGACGCGACGCCCCCCACAAAGAGCGAGUCAAGCGGACGCCUCAACAAAACGCGGCGGCGCGGCAGGCCCCCCCACCGCAGGGCCAAAAGACAGAGAGGGGCGGGGAAAUGCGCCGCUGCCCCGGGGAAGCUCGUCCCGGUUCGAAAGAGCAAGCGACGGACGCAGAGCCUCGAGCCUGGUCGACUCGACUCAAUCUGCGCGGGGCGGCUGGCCGGGCGGGCAGCCCGUGCCGCCCCUGUAUCUUCUCUACCCCAGUUCCUUCCGCGUCUUCGCCGACGUCUGCCACCUGACGAGAGCGGGCGGACUCCCGGCCUUUCGGCUUAUCGCGCGAGAUGACAGUCCGAUGGGCGGCGUCUUCAUCGAUCUCUCCGAUGACGACCUCCGCAGCCUCCUGUAUCCUGUAGCCGCAGUCCUUCAGGUGCUGGCGGCGCUUCCUCCGCUUUCCGUGCCGACGCCACCAUCCGCGCCUGCAGCGGAACUGCCUCCGUCUGUCCGUCGGAACUUAAGCGCCCAGGUGACGCCUCCGCCUGCUGGCCCGCUGCGGCGCGACGGCGACCCGGUCAGAGGCCCCCCGAGGCCCGGAGAGACGGCCGGAGACGCCGCGGCCACUGCCACCGCAGCGGACUCACGAAUCGGUGGCGGGCGCCCUCAAGGGUGUUCGACGCCCUGUUGCAAAAGAGACAGGAAGGAGAGUAGGCUGCCCAGAGGAAACAUGGAGGAGCACGGCCAACGCGCCCCUGCCGCCUCCGGAGCUGGGAAACGAAACGACGUAGCAAACGACGUUCUUCAUGACAACGCACGACAGGCAUCAUCUGCGCCUCACAGCUGGCAGAGUGGAGAUGACGCGUCUGAGGGAGGCCAAAAAAGCGUGGACCCAGGUGCGGGCGAGUUUGCAGGCGUAGCGUAUCGCCCCUUCGAGUCCGACAGCAUCGCGCUGAACAGAGAGGCCACGGCCGAGGGGAGUUGCGCUGCGCCUCCGCAUCUCCUGUUUACGAAUUCGGCGCUCACGGUGCCGUCGGCGUGGGAGGUCGAAGAGUCAAGCCGAGACAGCGAGGGCGAGAGGCGCUGCGUGUCUGCGGUGGAGCCCAGCAGCCACGCCGCCGCGGAAGACCUGGAGGGGUGUGAGAAAGGGUUUGUGCAUCUCGAGUGCUGUUUGCGCUCCUCAAGUCUUCCAUGUCUCCCGCGUGUGCUGCCGCCCUCCCUUUCCGGAAUCAAGCCCUUGCCGCGCGUCGCCUCGUCUGAAGGUUCGUUCCCGUCUUCCGCGUGCUUCAAGAACUCCGCCUCGUCGAUUCAAAAGAGAUGCGCGGACGGCAGAAAAACAGAGGCCGGGUCCGCGAUUGCCGGCUGGGGUCUGCGGCCCUUCCUCCGCCGGAUGUCGGUGCGUUUACACCGCUCACUGGCUGGACAGCCGCUAACGCGGAGUGCAUCGAGUGGAAAUCCUCGUAGCUGCCGCAUUUCCAGGUUUGACGCGCCGGCGAACAGUGCGUCUUUGGCAAUGGUCGGGGAUCGGCGAAGCGGGCGAAAACGAAAGCGCGGCGGCGCAGACGGCCGCGGAAGCGGCAGAUGGCGAGAGAACGAAACACCGGGGCGGCCGUCCCAGGAACACUCCAGGAGGAAGCGAAAACGUUUGAAGUGGAGAAGUAACCUCAAGCCUUGUCACAGACCUCGCCGCUUGUUGCCGGGGCUGUCCGGCCUGACGAAGAAAAGUUGCAGCACAUGGCGGAGACGAAAAGCCAAAUCCCUGACCGUGAAAUGCAAUGCAGCUCCCGCACCGACUUCUGUUUCCAGUCAGCAAACCGCCACAUUCACGCGACCGCCUCUGGAAACAGACUGCAUGCGCGGGAGAGUGCCGUCUGUCCUGGCGGCCCCUCGAAGCAGAGUCAAGGCUACCACGCAGGAGCAGGCGAGAAGGAGGUCCUCGGGAAUUCGGUUGCUUAUCGGGCGCUGGUCUUCGCCGGGCUUCCGGGCGCCUCCGAAUUCUGCGCGAAUCCAAGAAAAACGAGCUGUCAAUCGACGAAGGUUCAAGGACACGCGACACGCGGCGCAUCGUCAGCAACAGUGGGUCAGGACGCGGAACUCAGCUGGGCAAAGAGCAGGUUUUAAGGCCCGAGGCGUGUGCGGCUUACGUCAGCGCAGAGGGUCAGGCUACACAUGGGGCCCCGCGCGGCUUGACGCGGACAUUUGGAGUGAGGCGGAAGAAGCGGCGGGUGUGGAAAUGGCCGUCCAGGAGGAAGAGCCACCGAGGCCGAGAUUGAUUAGCGUCGAGGUUUUCUUCGAGGUGUCAAGUCUAUCUGUGCGCCUCUGGUCUGCCCUGCCUCCGUCCGAUCAAACGCGCAACAUCUUCAAGGAAACGACUCAGAUGCGAGACACUCGACGGGGGCACUUCUCAGGUGCUGCAGACGGUCCCGGCACCCUGGAACCAAAGGCAGCUUUCUCGCCGUCCAGUGAGCGAGCUGACUCAACAAGCACUCCGGAGGCGCCGCCUACGGGGGAGGAGAACGUGCCCUGGGAUCCAGCUGAGCAAAGAAGAAGAAUCUCUAUGCAGGAUCCAUGCCUUGGCGCCGGCGCGAGCAGCGCGACCAGCGAGAGGCCCAAAGCUCAAAAUCGUGAGACAAGCUUCCGAUUCCUUCAGACAGAUCACAGACGGCCUACAUUGCCUCGCAAAGAGUUGGCAAUCUCCAAAGAGUUACGCCAAACCGAUCUGUACGCUUCGCUUCAGGUUCAGUCGACACAGGGCCAAGCAAGCGUGCCGGACACGCGGCGCUCUGCUGCCUUCUCUGUGCCUUCGGGUCUUGUCACCCACAAGAAGCCACGAAAGGCUGAAUCGUCGCUGUCAUUGCCAGCUUGUCCGCCUUCGUCUGCAACGUCUCUCGCCCCCUCGUCCGCUCCUGCGCCCGUCUCCGCGUGCUCAUGGUGGCCUCCCGAGUUUCCUGGCUGGGACGGAUGCGCCAACUUCGUCCUUCUCCCCGAGGCCUGCGCAACGUGGCACUUCUGCGCUUGUUUCUUCGCAGACAGCCUGGCGCUGACGCUGAGGACUGUGGAGGCCUUCGGCUCCCGCUGCACAGUCUCCUUGGGCUCGAGGGCGUUCUCUGUGCUGCUGCCGCGGCCCGCCCGGCCCGGUGCGGGCUCUCCAGUGUUCUCCGGGUCGCGACGUCGCCGCUCGUCGUCGGUAGGGGCUCGCAGCGGGCACACCGGCGACAGCGAAACGACUGCAUCUCCUGCGUCACUGGGCUCCGCGUCGGCGCGACGAACUUCGAGAGGCAGGUCGAGACGAACCCGGGAAGGACGUGGCGUUUCGUGGGUGGAGACCAACGGGGCGGAGGCUGAGGACGAGGCCAGGGAUGCUGAGGGCUUCGGGGACGCCGUCAGCUUCAUGCAAGAUGCAGCGGACGCAAAGACGAGAGCAAGGAAAGCGACGAAAGACAAUGGUCUGCUGGCCGUUUCUUCGAAGACCGCCGCCGCUGUGACGGCUUCGCGCGAGAGAUCCAGGCUGCGAGGAAGGGGUGGCGAACGAGACUCAGGCGUCGACAACGCCAGCGCGGGUAGAAAUGCGGAGGGAAGGGCUCGCGGUAGCCAGUGCACAGUGAGCGCCGGGAGCCCCUUCGAGCGGGGGCGAGGUGAGGCACCGGGCCUAUGCCUUGCCUCCGCUUCUCGCCAAAAGGGAGAAGCCCGAGAGGGCAAGGGCGACCAGGCCCUUUCGGGGUCGGUGCGAAAGCGUGGCAACCUAGGACGACCAGAGGCGGCCCAUCUGGACUCCGACACUAAGGCCGGCACGCAGGACAGACUUUGCGACACGCAGGAGGUCCUGUCAAAAGCAGGUCCCCGAGGCCGAGGUGAACCCCUCGAGGAAAGCGAUAGCAGCACCAGAAGCCGGCAGGCGAUGAGCUCGUCACCGUUUCGCUCUCGGAGCAAGCCAGCGUCAGGGGGGCCGCAGAGGCGCGUGGCAACGUCCGCUAGAGACCAACCGGAGAGCGCGGAAGCACCUUGGAGGGGAUCAUUGCGCUUGUCUCAUUCGCGAACUGCUUACGCAACCGAAGCGCACGAAGAUCCACCUGCGCCGUGUCAGGCGUUACGUCGAAGACGUAGGCCCUCUGCCAGCCGAGAGCUGCGGGCGCGAAGCCUCUAUGAAGGCGAGCGGAGGCGCCGGCGAGCGUCGCAUGCUCCUUCGACCGCUUGCGCCGCCGCGGCUUACCCGCCGGCGACCCCCAUUGACUUGACUUCCCUCGAGGCCGUGUACUGCCUUUCUCCGUUUGGUGAAGAAGCCCAGCAUCCAAACCCAUCUCUGUUUCUUCUGCCUCCCCCCACGCGUCUGCUGCUGCUUUCCCCCUGUGCAUUGCCUCGCGGGUCGUCGACAGCGUUGUCCCCCCUCUCUCUGUAUGCCACAUACCAAUCCCGGGCUAGUGGAUUCCCUGGCUCGCCGUCGUCUCCGGCCUCUCCGUCCGCCGGCUCGCCUGCCGCUCCGCCUUUCGCCUCUGCCCCUGGAGCGUCUCUCGUUUCGCCUUUCGCGCUCGCGACGUCUGCUGCGGAGGCGUUGCUGCUCUUCGGCAGUCCGGCUUCCGAGACGCGGACGCGCUGGGCGUUUCCGCCUGCGUUUCCGGGCCUGGUUGCAAGCCCGGGACUACGCAGUGCGGAGACAGAUCCGACUUCCCAAUCUUCCCGGGCAAAGACCCCUCCUGAAAAGAGGAAACGUGUCGUUUAUGGGGGAGGCGUCGAACCCGACGGAGUCAAGCGGACUCGCGAAGAUACGUGCCUACUUGACUCGUUCACUGCAAGUGCGCCAGGAAGCGCUUCACUGCCCCGUGUGCUCGCGGCCGAGCCUCAUCCGCAGCUUGGCAAGGUGGGGAGCACAGGCUCGCAAGAAGUGUGCAGGGACUGGCGGGGCGCAGGCAGCACAAGGCAGCUGAGCGCGGGGAUCUGUCGUGAACCCGGCGGCACGGGGGCAGCGUUUGGAUCCUUUCGACAGCCGCAAAGAGAGAUCGCGGUAACGAAUCGCGGACUCGGCUUCGCGUCUCUCCUUCGUCCUCUGCGACAGCAGACGACCACUCACGACCGAAGGCGCGACGGCCUCCGAACGGACAGAGCGCACGCAGCGCGAGGGUCCGCCGGUUUAAAUCUAGAGUUGCGUGAAACGCCCCUUCGGCCGGACUACGUCGACUCAGAAUCUCCGAGGCAGGCACUGCAAGGUGCAGAGGGCCCUUGGCGCGAGCCUCACGCAGGUCGAAGCCAAGAGAAACGCGAGGGACGCGACGAGGAAGAACCGCAGGCGUGGAGCAUUCGGGGUGACAUCUGCUUUCUUGAUCUCUCACAGUCAUUUUCCGUCCGCGUCGGUAAAUAUCGCGUGGCGGUCGAAUGGGAAGCGGUGACCCAGCUGCUAGGCUGGAUUCAGGCUGCGGCAGGUCCGCUGUCGUGCCUACUCCAGCCGCCUCCUUCAGCCCCUUCGCCGCUUGGUGCGGAGCCUCCGCCCGAUGCCGAGCGCAGAUUCUCACCCGCCUCAGUGUCGUCUGCCUCACUCCACUCCACGCCUGACCCAGCCGCCUCUCGAUGCGAGGUGGGCUCUUCCGCAGUGCCGGCAUCGGAUCCGGCACAUCGCGGCUCACUUCCUGACGAGGCGCCAUCGCAGCAGCCUUCUUCUGCCUCCCCCGAUCCAGUUGGCGAUCCUCCUUCUCCGGUGGCCUUUUCGCCGCCGGCGACGGGUGCAUGGCGGCUGAGGUGCUCCUUCCUCCUCCCGCACCUUCAAGUCCUUCUGCCCUGCGUGAGCUCUUCUGCGUUCUCUAGCGUGCCUUUCAGCCGCUCUCCCUCUGCGUUUUGCUCAUUCUGGGCCUUGUCGCGUGGCGCGUUGUCUGGCUCUGCUGCUGCGGCGGGGUCGGCCCGCAGCCGGCGCCGCAGUAGAGAGCGAAGAGGCAGGUGGGACGACGACAGACAGGAGGCGCACCGAGGCGCUGCUCCGGAAUUCCACCCAUCGAACUGGGGGCUGGGUUUGAGGGAAGGCGGCGGAGAAGGUUGCGGGAUUCUGGAACGAUCUGAGCUUCGAUUGCCACCUCCCUCCAGAGGACCAGACGGAAGGCUGUCGUUCCUACUCAUUCCCCAGCUUUCACCCUGGCGCCGGCUUUCCCCUGUGUUUGUUUUAGAUUUGAACGUCUCUGGGUCGCUUCAGCAGCAUGCGCUCCCGCCCGUCUUGCCGUCGCGACGCGCCUCGCCCUCUUCACAAGCCCCGUGCCGCGACGCAGGCGCCUCUGCGUUGUCGACAGCGUCUGAUUGUUUUCAUCGCACCACUUGCCGCCAGACCUCGGCGUCUCGCGUGGAGACAAGCACAGGCUCAUCGGCGAGUUCCGUCUCCUCAGCAUCGUCUUCAGUUGUCUCGCGGCUUCGAGCUGCCCGUUCGCCGCUCACGCCACGCGGUCGCCGUUUCUCAUUUCUUGCCUCACCGCUAGAGGGCAGGGGGGUCACACUCGCGGGCGCGCCGUCGACCAGCUCCUUUUGCAUGGGUCGCCCCCGGAGCGCUCACGACGAGUCAGAGUCGUCUUCCGCGAUAAGCCUCAGGUUCGUUGAAUCGUCCCUGGCGUCCCUGGCCCACGACAUUGGCAAUUCGCCAGCCGCUACGCGUUCUACGCUGACUCACGCGGAGCUUAGUGAGAGGGGGGAGCUUCUGGGACAAGCUGGAGCUGAGGCCGAUGCGGGCGAGGCAAGUGCCGCAGCGUCACAGGAAGAGGAGGGUGACGCAGGCGCCUCUCGUGCUUGGAGGUGGGAUGGAGGCCUACGAGGCCGGUCGGCGGAGACGAGCGCAAACGUGAAACAUAGAAGAAAGGCCGAGGACAGAAGUGGAAGUACAAACUGUCCAUCCGCGUACGGGUGGUUUUCGACUGAUUGCAUGCCAACGACGAAACCUUCUGACUCUGGCAAGAAUGAACAAGGUCUUGCCUGCAGGGCGGAAAUGCGUGGGACGCAGCUCCUUCCAGAAGAGCGAAAUGCCCCGUGGAGCAGUCUCACCGGUCCGACCAGACGCCACACCGUUCACUCAGUUUUCAUGUCCCUGCGCCAGAUUCGUUUCUCGCUCUUGCUCCCAGCUGGGCCUGCGGAAGGCGCAGACGGGAGCAGCUCCUUUGACUUGGUCCCAGGAGUCGCUAGGCACCCCCGCCAAGCGGCGACUCAGCGGCCGACGGCGGGUUCAAACACUUCUCCUUCAGGGUCAAUCUGCGGAGAGCGCCGCGAACUUCGUUCCCUUUCUGCCGCGCCUCCCAAGCGACGCCAGGCGCGUUCGUCCGCCAACCAGGAGCAGCCUGCCUCUCUGACAUACGGAGCCGGCGAUUCAGCUGCCCCCCAGAGCGACUUUCGCAGGCAAGGGGAAGAAGCGGACCGGAGGAGAGAGAGAGCGGAACGCAGUCGCUCGCGCGGACAGCCAAAGACAGAGAGAGACUGCGGCGUGGUCGCCGAAAAAGCUGGAAUCCUGGAUAAGGGUCCCCGCGAAGCGGACUCUGAGUCCGACAGCCGGCGGAUCUCAGUGCUUGGACGGUUUCCCCACCUGAUGAGCUAUCCGGUGCAAUUCAAAUCCGUUUCACACUUUCCCGUCAGCCUCGCUGACAUCUGGCAGGCGCAACAGGAGUGCGCGCAAGCAGCCCGCCGCGUCGCCCUGCCCUUCCCGUUCUCGCCCUCUCCACGUUCGUCCACGGUUCCUCUUUCUCUGGCCUCUUCGUGGUCGCUCUUCGCCCACAUCCUGGAAGACCUGGGCAGCGCCCGGAGCCUCCCGUGGAGGCUCGGAGUGGCAUGGGCGGCGCCUGCGAGGGCCCUCGUGCGGCGCGCCGACCUUCUUGAGCCCUUCGCAACCUCGAUUUGCGCGCGCAUGCACCAGAGUGACGCACAGGUGGACGCCGAUGCUCCAACGCAACGAGACGGGGAGGGAGGAGCGGUAGGGGAUGCCGCUGGCCAGAUGACGCAACGCCGAAAGGGAGUGACGGGCAAAGGAGCAGACGGUGCCCGCUACUGCGAGAAGAGCGCCUCAGAACCACAAGUCAGACGGCAACGUGGAAGCGGACUCGUGGCGACUCAUCCGACGCCAGACAUGCAACGGGCUGACGACGAGGCGGCGGACGAGGCUGGGUCAAAGUCUCAAAGCGCAAUCAUCUUGGAUAUCGCGGUACAACCGGUCGCGGUGGACAUUCCAAGCGAAGCUCUCGGCUACCUUGGCUCACUCGCCUUCGUUGUAUCGGGGCUUCUGGCGCAGCUUGCCGCCUUUGAGCCUCCGGCAUUGAGUGUCCCUCUGCCGUCGCCCCCUUCGCCAGCCGCGCAUUUGUCCCCCCGCCCUCGGCCGAUGCUUCUGCCAUCGACAGCGUCAUCAAGCGACAAACUGGGCCUCCCACCUUUCUCAACAACUAUAAGCCGCGCCUCGUUCGGUCCCUCGCAUGGGAUGUCCGACGCCGACUGCUGGCCAGUCCCGACCGUUUCUGCUUCUUCAGCAAAGACGCUGCCAGAGGUUGCAUCCAUCACCCAAGGCGAACGUGCGUGUCCUAAUGUCUCCUCUAGCUCUCGUAGUGCAUCCCCGUCUUGGCGGCCGGGCGCUGGAGCCGCGACCGCGACCGCAGCCCCGACAGCAGCCGCCGGCAACGCGGUCGGUACCUCGCCAGAGAUUCAGAAAGUCCCGGAAGACGCCGCUCACAUUUGGCGUCCGACACAGCUGCAGCCGGCGCUCUCCUUUGUCUCAGUACCUGACGACUUCCUCGAUGAAGCACGGGCUCGCGCAGGGCAGGCCCACCGGGACAGCAUUCGCCAUACGUCCAAACGGAAAGCGGCUCCUAUAACCUCAAACUCCCGAGGCACAUCGACACAGCACACAGUACCGCAUUCACUGGAGACACCCACCCGCCGCUCGCUGACAGAGCCUCGGGAAUCGAUUAGAGACGACGCCAGCGAGGACUCAGCCACGGCAACUUUUUUCCCAGGACCCGAGCAUGGCGGGGGGCAGACGCGCUCGACGCUAAUACCUUUUCGUCCCCUGGAGCCGUCUUCCAGCGACGCAGGCGGAGGUUCGCGUCGUCGGCUAAACACAGUCUCCGGCUCGCCUCUGCAGGACCCACCUGCGGAAGGCCGUGCACGAGGGGCUCUAGCCCAGGAUGCCUUUGGGCCUUCUGCGAUCGGACACUCGCCUGCGGUGUCUCCGCUAGAGGCGGCUUGGGCGGCCCUGGGAUCCCUCGCCUCCAACAUCGAGGUUUCGCUCUCCGUGGAGAGCGUAAAGCUCAGAUACGUCGCGGUGCAUGUCAGCUUCGAGGAUGUGAAUCUGGCGUUCAGGAAAACUUUCAUAGCGUCUAUGCCUCGCUCGGAGCGGGAUCUUCUCCCACCAUAUAUCUGCCAGUGCUUUGCCAUAGCGCUGUUCCAAGCGUUCAUCAUUUUCUGGUUUCCCGUACAACAUCAGGCAAACCGAGGAAACGGCGGUCGCUGGCGGCAGUCCACCCACGCGGCAAAAACUUUUCCUCGGCCUUCAGCUCUUCCCCUCCCACUCCGGAACAAGUUGAUCUCGGCGCUGCAUACCUCCCACCCGCCCUGUUUCCCAUCGUCCCAAGACGAAAACAAACAGUCUCCGGAGUCCGCUGGGACCGUAUCCGCCUCCGGACCGGCGGAGAGUCGAGGGCGGUCGCGGCGCCGGUCGCCGAGGCGGACGACUCUGCGGCUGGCCAUGUCUGCCAGCCCAAGAGGGGCGGCGACCGCGCCACCCGAGCGAGACUCCGGAGGCGUCGCUGCUUCCCCUCGCUCUCUCAGAUGCGGAAGCUGCGGCGCCGACCCGCAGACGCCAGACCGCUCCCCGCAGGCUUUCAGCCUCUCCGCGAUUCGUGCCAAGGGGCACUUGCGCCGGAGAGUCGACGGCGGGGUGGGACAUCUUGCCCGGUGCCCAGCUGCUCAAGCCUCAAGGCCAGAGGAGACGCAGCAGGAAGUCGUUGUUGCCAGAUUCACGGAGUAUGGAGGCGAGUGCCGUGGACGUGUGGGCGAACUGGCUGGCCUCGUCGAGUUCACUGUCACCGUGGAAAUGUUCCACCGGUCGAUGAUGACGCUCGAGUCGGUUGUCGAGCCCUGGAAGGCGACCGUCUGCCUCACACACGUACCCUCCGACCGCCACGCGUCCCUACGGCCCUGCAGGCCCCUCACGCUUUCCGAGUCUCUCGCCCUCCCGUCGGUGUUCCCUUCGCACUCGGCGCGAUCGCCUCGGGCCUAUCGCGGUCAGACCCCUUUACGAGCCGAACGCCACACCCCGCUGACUGCCCUUUUGCCUCGCGUUUCGCUUUCCGCUCGCAAAGCCGACUCAAACUCACCGCGCAGCACAGCUCGCGCCGGAGGAUGGAGGAAAUGCAGAGGCGGGAAGCGCACAAGCCUCGAAGACGACCCUGGCGGCGACGACUUGGGACUGGCCGCCAAGGGGCAAGUUGAGAGCUUAACCGGGGUGCGCGUGUCCAUUCACGUCACGUGGAUCAACGUGACCGUCGCGCCGGUCGUCAUGGACGCCCUCAUGGAGACCACAGACUCCGUCGAAGAGAGCAUGAAGGCAUUUUUGAGGGCCUGGACCAGGUUCCACCCUCUGCCGUGUAAGCCACUCGCGAAGGCGCCCCAAGCUUCUCUUGUCUCCUCUGCUUCAUGCACGGCUUCUCCGCACGCCGCGGGGCCGUUACCACCGCCUGCUUUCGCGGCGGCCGCAGUCUCCAGCUUCUGUGAGGCCAUCGCGUCUGCCUUCGGCAGCUCGCCAGCGUACCGGGAGAAAGACGAUGAGCCCGAGGGGGACAACUACAAAGACGAAGCCGCACAAGCCAGGCAGACAGGGGACCAGGCUUACCAAGAGUCAUGGGGCCCGCUACAUGCUGACAAGGACUCGAGCAAACUGCGGCGGUCAGAGGGAGGAGGCAGCCCGGAGUCCACGAGGGCCGGCCUCCAGGAGGAUGCGGAAGGCCAAACCGUUGCGCAUGCAAACAUAGACGAAAACAGAUCCAAAACCGCAGCGGCAGAGGGAGAAAGGGUCAGACCGGGUUUGAAGGAGCCAGGGAAGCCAGGAAAUCUCGACGAAGGAAAUGCGGACGAUGACGGCGCAGGCGCAGAUUGCCGCCCAAGGCUGUGGAACCUGACAGGCCAGCCGCUGGCAGUUCGCGUGCUAGUUCCACGCUUCGCGAGGAGUCUCCACGAUACCCCGCCUCCGCACCGCGGGGGUCUUGCUACGUCUUCGUCUUCGUCCUCCUCUACCCUCAACGCUUUGCCUAGCCGGCGAAGACGGGCGUUAUGCGCUUCACCUCUGUUCAGCAGCUCUGAUGCGCUGCCGUCGACCUCCUCCAUGGCGUCGAGCCUCGGCACGCCAGAGUACCGAGUCGCGGAGGCCGCAUCUUCAGGCGAAUCCGGUUCGUCCUCGAAUACACCCAGCGAGGGCCGUGAAGAGCGGCGGACUGCACGUCGGGCUGCGAAGGGCGGGGGGCAGCUGCGGUCGCCUCGAGGGGCCUGCGGGGGGUACGACAAUCACGCCAGCUGCUCUUUUUCCUCCUCUUCAGCGUCCCUUGCGCAGGCGCCCAGAAUCGGUUCGGCCUCGCCAGAACGCACUGAAGCCGGCCGGCUUUUGCGGAAGCGGUGGAGGCUGAGGCAAAAGCGGCAGAUGCGGUCCGCAGAGACGGGGGGCGCUCAGCAUGUGCCUCUGUUCGCUCCCCCGCGCUGGCGAGGAAGGAACGAAUCCGAUGAAGAGCAAGAGGUUGAAGCGGAAGGAAGGGAAUAUGAAGAUGCGGACACCGAGGGACCUGACUGGGGUUCGCCUUUCUGCCGAGCAGCUGGCGGCGACUCGGAAUUGUUUCAUCAGUGGAACGUAGUCGAAUCCGGCGGCAGUAUCUGCCUUCCCCAAGACGAAGAGGCUCAGCCACUGCCUGUGGGAGUUCGCCUGUGUUUAUUGGGCUCGGAAUUUCACUUGGAAGACCUCUCGGUGUCUGCCUCCGAGACGCAGCUCCGCUUCCUUCCGCUCUCGCUCCUCGUCCCGCCGGCUGCGCAGCGGGUUGAGUCCAAAGGCAGAGAAAGAGGAGUGAGCCCAAAGCGCGACAAAAGGGCGGAGGCGGAGACAACAAGCUGCCGGAUCCCGCGAGGGAGAAGAAUAGAGAACAGCAAAACCCGGCGACGCAGCCGAGGCGACUCCCGCCGUGUCGGAGGCGGAAGGAAUAGGGGAAAGAGCAAAACCGAGAGCAAGGAGGGGCGCGGCAAGGAAGGCGAGUGCGGAGGACAGCUAGUAAAAACGCACGUCAGGCUUCUGGUGCGAACUGUGUUUCUAGCGGAGCAGAAGACUUUCAAUGUCUACCUGUCCUCAGUUGUCUCCGUGCGCAAUCGGAGCUCCGUACCGCUCCUGCUCUUCCCUCAUCCUCACCUUGCCGAACUUCUGCCCCCACCUGCCCCCGCGCCUCUGGUCCGGGCUCGUGGAAAGCCUCUUUCGCGCUCGACUUCGGGCGCUCGGAGCCCCGUCAGCCACUCUUUGGCCUCUGUGAAGUCGUCGCCGUCCACACUGACUGGGAAGUCUAGCGAUUCCUCCUUCACUUCCGUCUACUCGCGUGCUGACAGUGGAGGGCACGCCACAGUCGGGGACGCCUCCGGAGAGCUCGACGCGCCGAGCGGAGGCAGCAAUUCGUUUCCAUCAGUUUCACCGGCGCAGCGGCCGCUCGCCGCGCGCCGUCCCUCACGUGGGCAAGCGGAAAGGCGCGCGCGGAACAGGCGCGGCGAAGUCCCCUGCGCCAACGCCGUCCCUCUCGCCUCUGCAGACAGGCCCGCAGGUGUCUCCUCAGCUCUGCCAGCGCCGCUGGCGUCGUCGGUGUCGUCACAGUCGUCGCCGAGAGUGUCUGGCCGCGCGUCCCAGGCGCAAAGCUCCUUUGUGCAUUCUUCGUUGCCUCUGGGCUCCUGCGCGCCGUUGGAAAUUCUUCCAGGCGGAGGGCUCGUCCACCUUCCCCUCGCCUGGCUGCUGCCCCGUGCGUUCGUCGCGCAUGCGGUGCGCAGCCAGCGGAGGGCCUUCGCGGAGAGACGCGCGAAGGCAGGACGUCAAGAAGUCGAACGGCUCUUCAGCCGUGCGCGCCGAAACCGCGGCGCCGCCGCCCAACAGUCUGCAUUGCCCUCAGCUCCGUGGGGGGAGGUGCAGUCCCCAAACGCCCGUCCAGCCUAUCCGGUGGGCACAGCUUGGCCGCCGCGCCUACCUAUCGUCUGUCGCGAACUCAACGGGACGGAGGCUGAGGAUGCCGAGAGCGCUGGGGAUCGUGGGGGUGCAAACGGGUCUUUUGGAAAGGCGCAGAUGGAGAUUUGCGGGAGGAACCAAUCGUCGCUUCACAUCGAGUCCGGACACGACAGGGGCUAUGAAGGAGACGAGCCGCCGUGCCGUGCAGACGGCACACGGAGAGAGAGAAGUGACACCUGCGCUUGUUUGAUAGAGGCCGACGAGGACUGGGAGUCGUGGAAGACGAGCUGCCAGACCGAGCCGUUUUUGAUCAUUCCGUCUGGAACGCUGCUGGCUGAGCUGCGCCGAGUCGUGCGGGCGACCGAGGUCAGGCAGGACGAAGCAAACCGUCGCCAUGGGCGCUUGUCGGCGACUGAGUUAGAAGCUCGGGGCGCCGACUCACGCGAUGGUCUGCCUGCGCCGCCUUCCCGUCUAGAGCGAGCACGAAGGCGAACCGAGGACACGGGCGAGGGGGCCACAGCGGAGGCGCGAAUGCCGCUGCCUGGUGGCGGGUGCCCAGACUCCCUCCGCGACAGGCUAUGUGAGACGGAAGGCCACGCCAUGAGAGCAGGGAGCGAACACCAUGGAAAUAAGUCGCAGGACGGCGACGCAGCAGGGUCGUACGAGCUGGGAAGGCCAAGAAGGAGACGAGAUUCCACCGACAAGAAGUCGGUGUCCAUUGCACUCGAAGGCGAGUUCCCGGAAUCUGCAGAAACUCCGACUUGCUCGCCUCCCCGUCUAGAUCCCUUGACUGAGAGCGUGGAGAGGCAACGAGUUAGAGAGCCGGACGCUCAACCAGCGUCCGCGGCGGGAGCUGGGGCUGAACAAGCCGGUGGCCGCAGCGCACCCAUCACGCGGCAGCGAACGGGCGCCAACAGCGGCUACGAUGAAGACACCGAAGGCCACGAUGUCUGCAGCCCUGAGAAUGAAGACUGGAGUAUCCAUCGCGUGGCCCUUGACUGGCUUUUGGGAAAGCACACUCCGCCGAAGCGAUCGGAGAGCGAAGUGACUCCCCGCCUACUCGAGGCCUACUCCUACCUGUACUGUCUGGCGCGGUCGCUUGGCGGCCAGGAGUUGCUGCCCGCUGGAAACUUUCGUCUGCUCACAGAGUCCCUCAACUGUUCAGUGGGGGCCUUUGCCAUGAAGCCGCAUGCCAUUGAGUUUUUGCAUCCCUCUGAGGCUCCGGCCGUCUUCGAGCGGCUUGCUCGCCUCUAUUCCUGGGGCCUCGCUGGCGCGCCCGACCGCGCUCUGGGCGCAGGCGACGCCAACAAGCUGCGAGCUGCAGGCGGGCGAGGGCGACGCAAAAGGACCUUCGCAUUCUUCCGCGAGCCGCCGAGAGGCGACGCGCCCCCGCCGCCGCUGGAGAAGCAGGGUGGCGACACAUCCGCUGGAGGCACGCGUGAGGACGAAGGCGCGGGGAGAGCGAGUGGCGACGCCAGAGACAAGCGUGGCGCUUGCCGGAAAAGCAUCGACGCAAGUGGAACCCGGAACCAGGGCGGCCACGAGGAGAGACGCCAAACGCGGUUCUCCGUCGACUCGGAAUGGCGGCUGUCACUGGCCUCGCUUCCACCGGGAGCCGCAGACAUUUCCGAGCUCCCCGAGAGGCACGCAUGUGGGGGAACAGGCUACAGUCACGACGGUCUAGAAGCUGGGGGACGCCCGGAACCUCCGAGCGGUACGCGGAGCCACCAGACGAAGCUCCGGGGGAAGUCGGCGAGGCGGGCUGACAUGCGAGACAGUCUGAAGAGGGGAAGCCCCUUUGGGCUCCCGCUGCCUCCGAUUCAGGCGCUCCCGGUGCUUGAAGAGGCGAUUCUGAAGCGCGCGCGACGCCUGGCACUCGCCGUCACUGUCUAUGGCAAAAAGCUCAGACACUUCGUCUCCGAAACCGAGCCACUGUAUUUCGAGAUUGCCCUCGAGGCCCCGCUUCAGGUAGGAAAUCGGCUUGUUGAGACCCUUCAAGUCUCGCUGCUACCUCCAGCCUCCCUGCCAAAUCUCCCGUUGUUGCCCGUCUCGCAACUGCGGUCUCCUCGUACGGGCACUGGAAGUCCGCAGCACGCCAGCGGGCGUCCCCUGCUUGUCUCCCGCUUCGCAGCUCCUGCGUCUGCGGGGAUCGAAUGCGUGGAUGCCCGUGAGGCAUCGAGGCCCGUGGGCGGCCCGCUGUCUCUCGUUGAACUCGCUACAAAGUACAACGAACAGAUCCGGACCCGUGGCGAGGCAUACUGGUGUGCAACUGGGACGAAGGCUGCUCCAUCGCCGCCAAGCCCGCCGCCUGCCUAUCCAGUGCAAGCGGGAGGCGAGCUCGCACCCGGGAGCGGGUUGGGCCGCGCCGAGCCAAAGCUACGAGACUCCUAUCCCCGCCUGGAAAGCGUCGUUAUUCGGGAUUCGUGGGCGGCCGCGUCUCCUCGAGCGCCGUCUGGCUCGCGACUGGCUUCGCCCGUUUGCAGCCUCUUCGAACUUAAAGCAGGAGACGACGUCCAAGUCGAAGAGUCUUCCCACGGAUUUGUGCUCGAAAUCGCGCUCUCUAGCAGCGCCUCCCGAUUCACCUACUUUUACCGGUCUAAGCCCCUGUGCCUGAGUGCUCACGGCGUUGGUGCCGCCACACCUUCCGCAGCCGCGCGAUCUCUUGUCCUCCCUCUUCUGGACUCGACCGUUCUCCUCUCUCGAUGCAAGAUUGCGCUUCCCAACGGCUCGACGCUAGCCCCCGACGAUCCUCUCUUCCGUUUCGCUGCAGAGCUGGAGCCCACCGAGGUCGUUAUUUGCGCCGAGACCGUUGCAGGCUCGGCCGGCGGCGUCGGUGGCGUCUCCACGGCCGUCGGGCCGCGCGGGGGUGCAGGCGAGGCACAGGGAGGCCUGGGAAAGUUUUCGCCAGCGGGCCCGUCUCUCAGAGAGAGCGCCGAUGGCUCGACAAGGGAAGCAAGAAGGAGCGGAGGCCAGUUUGACACAGAGCCGCGUCUUGGGCGAGGCGACCAGGAGGAGGCUGCUGCAGGAACUUCAGGACAGAAGCAGUCAGGGCGUCGGCAACGGGGCCGCCGCGCUGAGGACGCGACCAUGGCAGAGGAUCGAGGGCGCCCUCCCUCACCAAGAAACGUUUCAGCGUUGUCGCUGGCGGCUACGUUCUCGGAGUGCCUCGCCACGAAGAAUCCAAGGGCUGUGCGACAUGCGGAAGCGCUGGCGAGCCUCGAGGAGGCGGCCUCCCUCGGUUCGCUUACCUUCACCUGGCAAACGGCUGUCCGCACCGUGCGAUUCUACGCUCCCUACCUAGUCGUCAACCGCCACCCCGCGCCGCUCUUUGUAUCGUGGCCUCGCCACCCCCCGCAGCGGCUGGAUCCCUUCGACUGGCGGCUGCUGGCGCCGCCAGUCGGGGACCCUUCUGCAGCGAACUCGUCGCUCGCGUCUCGCCAGAAGAAGGAGCUGGUCUUCGGGCUCGCGCCCGUCAACCACCUGGCAGAUCUCUUAGUCACGUCGCAAACGCUGCUGCCGUCCGCGCCGAGAGCGAAAGCGCCUGCGGUCGCCUCGUCUCCCUCGCCGCGGGCGUCUCUCGCGGCGCCCCCCGACGCAGACCCGCGAGGGAGCCCCGAAUCGCGGGAGUGCACGUCGCGGCGGCUCGGAAACACGCAGCAGCUGCCAGGCGAAGACGCCUCACGCACUGGGCGCCGAAGACAUGGCAUGGGCGCUAGCGAUCGGGCGGCGAAUCCGCUUUCGGACCUUCGCGAACGCGCCUCAAGCUUUCGCGUCGACACCGUGGGACACGUAGGCCAAGUGCUGAUCCCCAGAGUGCCCUCCAGCCAGCUGCAGGCCGGCGCGAGAGGCGCGGAGGAUCGAGGAGGCCUUCUGACGCCCGCGCACGAAGCCGUUUGCGUGGAAGGCGGGGCUGUGAGCGAGACCCUGAAGGCGCAUUGGCUCGGCGUGACCGUGUCGCUGGCUCCGCCGCCGUUUCUCCGCACAAAGAUCGUCAGCGUGCAUAGCCGCUUCACGCUUGUCAAUGCCUACGAAGCCGCCCUGUGGGUUCGGGAGAGCAACGAGGAUACCGAGGCCGGGUAUCUGCGCCUCGCCCCUGGGGAGCUCAAAACGUUCCACCCCCAGCGGGUCGCAGGCAAUGGAGUGCCCUCCUUCCGAUUUUCGCUCUUCGACCCUGCGCUGUUUGGUGAAGCCGCCGGCCAGGCGCUGGGCGACUUCGGCGGCACGCAGACCUUAGGAGCUGCGGACGUCUCUCAGUUAGGAUGCCAGGCUCCUCCAGGGGCGACCAGCGCAACCCAACAGGGCCCCGAAACCUCAGGAGCGCUUCCUCGUCCGGAGUUGACUUCAGCAGCCUUUUCGGCGCCGCUUCCCCUUCAGCAUCCUCCACCGGUAUUGGUGGAAGUGACUGUCUCGAAAGGACUCUCGUCCUCAAAGCGUUCGCCCCCAUUUUCUGCCUUGCGCAAGCAUAUCUGGUCCUGCGACAUUCGCCUGGACACUGUGGCCUCCCGGCAGAUGCGCGUUCUCGCACCAUGCGUGGCGAACGCACCUUCAAGUUACUCAAGUCACUCGGCCUUCCCGCCUGGCGCGGCGCCCCUUCUCCGGUCGCGAAGACAGGCGCCUGCCGCCGCGCGGGUCCCGGAUGUAGGCAAGACCCACACUAUAGUUCAGGUAGAUGUCAGAGCCGUGGAGGGCGCCUCGAUGUUUGCAUGUUUCGCGAAACCGGCGAAGAGCGAGUACUUGCUGGUGAACCGCUCGCGCCGACUCGUCUACUUCAGCCAAGUGCUCGGUGGGGCGGCGCUGCGGAAGCUCGGCGGCAGCGGCGGCCGCGAGAUGAAGGAGCUGCUUUAUCCCGGCGAGGAGAUCGAGUACGCCUGGCAAGAUCCUACUCGGCGCGGGCGGAAGCUCCUCCGAUUCACCGUCAUCGACGCCCACGGCCAGCGCGCCCACUGCACAUGUGACAUCGCGCGUGUGAAAACGCACCCUGCCUUGCCUCUGAGUGGAGGCCAGGACCGUCUCUUCAUUGCCACCGAGGUGGCUCGCGGUCGCCGAGUCGUCGUCCUCACAGACUUGGCCUCCAGACAGAGGAGCCUCACGGCGAUGCUGUCUCCAAGCCCCGCCCUCCUGGAGAACAGCCGGUCAGGUCGCCUUGCAGAGGGCGGCAGGGCCGACCCGGCGGAGCUCAAAGGCGACGCCCGCCGGAAGCGAGAGCGCGGGAGGAGCGGAAGAUCCUGGCAGCUGGCUCGAAGCUUCAAGCGGCGAACUGACGUUUCCCGCCUCCGGAGGCGGCUGCCCAGCCGGCCCCGCAAGGCGACCCACACACUUGGCCGCCGCGUGUCUGAUUCUCUACACCGCCUGCGCCCCGGCGGAGACCCGAGGCGAGUCCGCAGAGCCGCAGAGCACGCACCUGGCGCGACGGCGGAAGCCUUCCCGAAACGCGAGUCCAGGGGGGGAUGGCGAACAACAGCAUCAGCUCCAGUUCGCCGUCGGUUUUCCCUGCGGAGGCACCGGCUGCGAUCCAUCGCGGGCGCGACUGCGCGAUGCGGCGCGGAAAGCGAGCAAACGAUGGAGGAGCCUCGAAGCGCUCCCCGCGGAGAGGCCGGCACGCAAGCGCGGACUGCUAUGGCUCGCGCUGGGGCUGUCGUUGCAGGCGUCAAGGUCCUGCAGGGCCCUGACAGUGCCGUUAACACACCGGUGGAAGGCGCCUGCGCCUCGCACGGAUCCGCAACGCAAGGAGGAGGUCACCUCCCAGACGCAGAUGAGGAAUCACCGCGAAGAGUUGCUGUCAAUGCGACUGACCCUCCAGGCGAGGCGGAGGUGCCGCGGGGGCGAGGCGCCAAGAGGAAGCAGCACGGCCCGGGUUCGCACGAAGACUCUGGCGACGGAGGCGCCUCUUCGUUUUUCUCCCUUGACGACCCCACAAGGUUUCUUGUAGAAAAGCCCGCCUUCUUGAACGCUGCGUCCAACGCGCGCCAAACCGCAACGCCUCCCUCUGCGCCCCAGUCCCUUGUGCGCCUGGGCAGUGGGGCACGCCAAACAGAGACUUCGCGGUCGGACGAGAGCUUUGGGAGUUUCGUCUCUCAACUAGAGGAGGGGUCUGAGAUGAGUCACACCCCUCCGAAGCGCGAGGCCGGCGAAGCGGAGCCUCCGCGUGUCGCGUCGUCACCCUCGUUCCUGUCCUCAUCGUCUAAGCCUGCGGUCGAUGCGACUCCAGCAGCGAGGAGGGCAUCUGCAGGCCUCGCUGGCAUGCGCAGACAGCAAAUGCAGGCACGCUGGAGACGGGGAAUGCGUGGUGGCAGUCCUGCGGCUUCGCGCCUCUGUAUCCGUCGCCGAAGCCCCAAGGGACAACAGGAUAUGUCUCCGAGGUCGGGGCAGUCCACGCGGAUGAACUCGCUCCCUCGCUCCUCUGCGGGUUUGCCCCGAAGGCGACCCGCCCACAGCGCCUGCGAUGCUCGGCGAGCUGCCGCUGCGUUCCGGGCAAGGCGAGCGGAGAAGGGACUCCUGUCCACGAAAUUACGCGGACAGAACGGCGGUGGCUGGUACGCAGACGCCGACGCCUUCGGGGGCGAACAGGCGGACGAGUUUGAACUCUCUUCGCCUUUUUUGAGAAUGCGAGCUGGACGGAGGGGGACAGCCGCACCAUGGGGCCUAACGCAAGACAUUGACUGGCGACAGCGACCGAAGGCGACACUCAGAUACCUGAGCUUCACGACGCAGUCCUCGGAUGAAGAGCAAGAUGAGGAUGAGGCAGACGCAGGAGAAGCUGGAGGGGCUGGAGCGGCUGAAGGGGAUGGGUUCGCCGCCGAGGCUAGGCGUCGAAGCAGCGGGUCCCUGGGCAGUCGCAUCCAGCCAGACGGUGAGCCGCACGCCGGUGCCUCGCCCGCCUCCGUCCGCAAAUUGUCCGAUUUCGAACUGUCGGUGUCGUUAUGGCUGGACGGCGUCGGCAUUUCACUCGUGGACGCGCUCCCGCAAGAGCUCGCAUACAUUGCCCUGUCGGGAAUCACAGUCACCGCGCGUCGUCUCCCCUCUCCACUUUCGGCUUCGCCUGCAGCUGCGGCAUCCGAAGCGAGUCUCCAUUUGGACUACAGGUUCGCGAUCCGCGACCUGCAGGUCGACAACAACACACCCGGCGCCUACAGUUCCACGAUCGUCCGGUUGGCGACUCCAGACGAGCGGCUGAGGCACUGGGGGGGCGCCGAAGACAGCCGCGGCUCGGCGCUCAGCGACACAAUUAUUUCUCCACCUGUGUCUGGCGGCCCUAGUGGGACAUAUCCCUUCGUCCUCGGCGCUUUUAGCCCUCUAGAGGCCGCCGAGGCAGAAGCCAGAACUCUCUUUUUGCGGGUGCAGUUCGGCGGAAAGUGGACCGAGGAGGCCACGCUGCUGCGGUACUUUGACUGUGCACUCGCACCUCUCUCUCUCGACCUCGAGAUCGACACGACCUUUGAACUCGUGCGCUACCUCCUCAGGUUUUUAACGUGGCGGAAUCUCUACUUUCGGUCGCUGCAAACGCGCAGCGUUACUGCCAUCCGCGAGGCCGCCCGCGGUGAUCCGCAGUCCGAAGGCUUUCUCCAGUUUCGCGCCUGUCCGCCCCCGCCAGACUCUCUCUCUGCGCAGGACUUUUCUAGAAAGCCCUUUUACAUUCAGACUUUCUGCGUGCGGCCCAUACAGAUUUUGUUCUCUGCGCGAGCUCCGCGGUUCCACAGAAGACGUCUCGAAGCCGACCGCGACGUCGUGUUCCUUCGGCAACUCCAGCUCGUGGCUGGGACCAUGACCGACGUCACAAAUUUUCCUGUGGCCUUCCGCCUCGUGGUGCAGACGUCGGUCUUCAACACAAUGGAACAGUUCAUCGAUCAGCUCAGCGCGUGGUACAUACAGCAGGGCAUUCGCCAGGCCCACAAGCUGGUCACGUCGAUUGACGUCCUCGGCAAUCCUCUAAACAUCGUUUCCAACCUGUCCGCAGGCUUCCGGGCCUUCGCCAGCGCCCUUAUUCACCAUACACCACCUUCGGACAACACCCCCCGUCGGUUUCGCCUCUGGGGUGUGCUCGCUCGUUUACUGCGGGGGCUGCUUGCGGAUUUGUCUGACGGCUUUAGUUCGAUUUUUGCGGGAAUUUUCAAGCUCCUCGAGGCUCUGCGCCUCGUUGACGGCGACGCACUGCUCGCCAUGUGGCCGCCGCUCCUCCGGGUGAAUCGCAUCAGGCUCGAGUGUCCAGACAGCUUUGCAGACGGCUUGAUUUGCGGUCUCCUCGUAUUUCUCCAGCUUCUCUUGUCGUCUGUCUUCGCGCUCCUUUACUACCCGCAGCAGGGUUACAGAAAGGCUCAGACAACCGCCGGAUCCCCUGAGCGCUCCGCCGCGGUCGUCGCCUCCGGGGGAGGAGACGCGACCAGUGUCCAGCUAGCGCCCUCCAGGCGUCGGCAGUGGAUGUGCUUCUUUCUCGGCGUUCUCUACGGGAUUUCCUCCUUCGUCUUUGGGAUGUCAGGGGCGGUUCUGCUGCUGCUUCACUCCUUCGCCGCGGGUCUACGCGUCUUGCUCAGGCGGCUCCCACGCAUACCCUCGACGCGGCCCCCGCGUGUUUUCGCGGAAAAUCACUCUGUCCAGGCCUUCCACUUCUACCUAUCGCAAGCGGGGCGCCUGCAGGCGAACUGCCUAGACGGCACCAAGACGCGCGAGAGCCUACAGCCGGUUGUGUUUGCUUGCCCACUUCCGAAAGUGGGCGCAGCCUUCGCCAUUGAAGACGACAGAAGCCGGGCUGCAGCCGAGCCGCGGGCGUUCGGCCGGCGCCUCGCCAACUGGCUGCUGCCAAGCGAACGCGGGGAGAAGGGCGAGAGUUCGGGGGCCGACGCGAGCAUGCAGAGACAGAGGAAAAGAGGCACCAGCGCGCCGGUGAGGGAGACUGGCCUACGCGGAAGGCGAGGAUAUGCAUCCUUUGGAUCUCGCAAAGCGACUGACCGUCUCGAACCAGACACGUCGCGGACGGACUACAUUGCCGCCACGCCGGAGCUGCUCUUCUUCGCGAGGGGUGGAGUCCUGAAAUGGGUUUGCAGACGAAAGGACCUCUCCAGCGUCUCUGUGAAAGCGCCUCAGCAGUUCAUGAACGCGCUCGCCGCGGCGUCGCGCAUGGCCACGGGUGGAGGCGGUGGAGGCUGUGGCGCCGCCGCACGCGCAAGCCACGAGAGGACGCUUUUUUGGUUAGCUCGAGAAAACGAAACUGGUGACCCCCGGAGAGCGGGCAUUUUCCGUGUCUGCUCCUGGCUGUGUUCCUGGUUGACUCUUCCUGUGCGGCACCUCAAAGCGACCGCCGCUUUGAGGUGCCGCCUCGCGGCUCCUUCAGGAUCCUCCUCUCGCGUCUCCGAGGGUUCUCGUGACGCAGCUGUCGCCCACCGCGCCUCCUGUCUCCAGAGUCCCUUCCUCUCAGAGACGGCAGAGACACCUGUCCCGAGUCGGUCCCGGAGGCACCCCACGCGGCCCUGGAGCCUGUCGUCGCUCCCUCCUGAAGCAGACACUGUGGAUGACUCGCGCCUGCCGAGCGCGGGGGCCAGGGUGAGGCGAACCUGCGUCGACCGCGGAGGCGUCAGGCGCCGGAGUGUGUCUUGCGUGCCUGCUCGCUUCGAAGCGAGAUGUGGCGGGUCUUGUCCCGAAAGCCAGGCUGGCGCGUCGCCGCCUCAGCGCCCGCGCACACAUGCGGUCGCCUCGCCGGUUCCUCCUGCCGAUCUCUCGGGGCUUCAGUCGGAGCGACUCAGCAGCCAGUCCUUCCGGGUGCUCGGGCAUCUCGGCGCGCUCGGUGCAAUCAGCGGGACAGCUCCGCUGUUUCUGUUGCAAGUCAGAGUGAAAAAUGGGCUGAAGCUCUCGGAGCGCGCGGCCCGAAAUCCGCAGAAGGCGUAUCGCAUAUAUGUGCAGGAGGCCGCGGCGCGCAGCGGAGUGGUGGCAGCCGUCCAACAAAGUGCUGGGCAGGGCGAGAGAGGCGGCGGGAGACGUGAGGAGAGGGCGGAAGCGUCUGGACGGGACGUGACGCCCACCCGGCGCUCGACGAAUGACAGAGAGAGGCACAGGCCCGAUUUUAGUGAAGAGACUGCUUUUAACGAAUUCCUGACGAGACGCGAACACGCGACAGGCGCCGCCGGAGACGCCACGCCUAGGCGGCAGGGAGAUGAACACAACUGGCGACAACAAUUCGAAGCGUGUGAUAAGCAAAGCCUUCCAGAGGCCUUUAGAAGAGGCCCGUCUCAGGCGAGCGCCACGAGGCGAGAUGGAAAUGCUGGCUUGUCAGUGGAUGCUGAGAAUCAGAUCCCAUGUCGGACUGCCCACGGCCACGCACAAGAAGGCGGGAGAAACCUAGCGGUAGGAUUCGAGGAAGCUCCCUACAGCCAGUUGGGAGAAAAAAACGCUUUAUUGGGAGGUGCACAUGUUGUUGAUUCGGCUGGAGAAGGACAGACGUGCGACGGCGCGGAGACCCCAUCGCGGGGAGCGUCACAAAAAAGGUAUGAAAGCAGAAGGCAUCUGGAAAAGGGCGAAGAUGCUGCCGCACUAGCGCGGCGUGAGAAACGGCACGCUAGAGUUGAUGAGCCAGAGAACGAUGCUGGCGGCGUGACUCGCAUCUUGCCUAUGUUGCAUCGUCUAGAAGAAGGCCGGGGUGCGGAGUAUAACGGAGGAAUCGAGGACAUGCCUGAUGAAGAGCUCCGCUACUCGAAGGCGAAGAAGCUGUCACGCCUUUCAGCAGCGCUGCAGUUCACUUGGCUGUCCGGUACCUGUCGGCCGAUUGUCCGCCGCUUUUGGCGUCUCUCGCCUUCGGUUAACGAAAGUGGAAACGAUCGCAAACACGAAGCACUAGGCGGCGUUUGUACUCUGUCGUCGAUCGGGGUGUGCGGCAACAACUUGCGUGAAGCCGAUCGAAACCAGGCGGCGGCUGGCGUAGUCAAGCGUAGAGAUCUAGGCGGGGGGCCCGGAGUGCGCAAUGAAAACGACGAGACCAGAGACGCUGCGCAGGGCAAUUUGCUUCUCACUCUCGUGACUUUUCUCCAGGUUCUCUGUCGCACUCUAAAGGCCGUGUUUCGCAAGGCCGCGGUGUGCGUCACGCGUCAGCGUCGCCUCCCUCCACCUGCCUUCGUCGUCUUCGAAGUGCCUGUGAGGGACUGGGACUCGGCUGCGCGGGCCUUCGACACUGUCGUCAGUUUCAUGCAAGCACCCAAAAGAUGA